AUGGCAGAUAAUAAUCCAGAUGGUGGUUUAUCGGCCGAUGUCUUCAUUAUGGAAGACAAGUUGUCCAAGAUAAGAAGUCAAAUCAAUUCUAAACUUGAAAAUCAAAAGAAUUUAGCCAUUAUAUUAUCAGCAGUUGAAGAAAAUAUGGAAGAACAAAAGAAUGAAAAGACACCAGUUGCUUACUUCGUUUCAUUCUUGUCUUUACUUGAUCAGUGCAUUAAAGGGGAUAAUAUUGUCGAUAAGAACUUGGCAGCCACAACAGCCUAUUUCUUAGAUAUCAUUUUCCCAUUUACUCCAAAGCCGUUAUUGAAAGGUAAAUUUGCUGACAUUUUAACUAAAUUGGCUCCUCCAUUGACCCACCCAGAAUCCGAGGCUCCUCUUGUAAGAUCAACCAUUGGUGCUUUGGAAAGUUUAUUAUUAGCACAAGAUCAUCAACAAUGGAUUGCAUCAGGUAACAUUUCUCCUAAAAGAGCAUUGGUAGGGUUAUUAGAAUUAUCAUUUGACCCAAGACCCAAAGUUAGAAGAAGAGCUCAAGAGGCUGUGAAUAAGAUCUUAACCAACCCUCCUGCGUCUCCUUCUCCUAUCCAUGUUGCUUCUCCAAUUUGUGGGGAAUUAUCUUUACAAAGAUUGGCUACUUUACUUGAAGAAAGAGGAAGUAAAAGAAGUAAUAACAAGGAAGUCAAUUCUUCCAUGAUUCAUUGCUUGCAAUUAAUAACUUCUAUAACAUCUGCCAAUGCUUGGCCUCAAGCACAAAUUGAACCUUUAUGUGAUGUCUUAUUGGAAAUCUCUAAAACCUCAGAUCAAUUCUUGGUUUCAUCGGCUUUUUCUGCCUUCGAUGGUUUAUUUUCGUCUAUGUCUAAUGUUAUCGAUGUUGAAAAAUUCACUAAAGUUUUGGAUAUCAUCUUUGAUUUGAAACCUUCUAUUAAUGAUGGCCACUUGGCAGCUUCUUGGUUAGCUGUUGUUGCUAAAGCUUUGGAAAGUUUUUCUACUUUAGAACCUAAUACUUGUUUGUCCAAGAUUCCAGCAGUUCUCCCAAUUGUCUCCCAAUACCUUUCUUCGGAUUCGAGUGAUAUCUAUAUUUCUGCUUCCCAAUGUUUAAUUGCAAUUGUUACUCAAACUAUUCCUGAUAAUUACUUACUUCAGCCUACUGCAAAUAACGGUAUUUCUGCAGAGUUAUACGAAACCGUUGAUGAAACCAUUACUUUUAUUGCUGAACAUGUUGAAAAAGAAUUGUUAUCAAUUAAAUACCAACACGCCACUAAAGAAAUUCUCGAGCUUAUUACCGCUGUCAUCAUGAAAUUAAGAUCUCGUUGUAAUCCAGAUUUCCUUGGAAUAUUAGAAACUGUUGGUGAAUGGCGUACUAGUGAAACUGAUAAUUUUCCUCAUAAUAAGGAAGCUGAAGAUGUUAUUGCUGCUUCUAUUUCAGCAAUGGGUCCAGAUACAGUUUUAGGAGUCUUACCAUUGAAUUUAACUGGUGGUACUCAACCAGGUAGAGCUUGGUUAUUACCAUUAUUAAGAGAUAACAUCAGAGUUGCUGACUUAGAAUAUUACAAAAAGAAUAUCUUACCAUUGGUUGAUUUCUUCGAAACUAAAAUUAAUGAUGCUCCAAAUAAAGAAGCAAUGCAUAUCAAAAUUUUUCAAACCAUCGUUGAUCAAAUAUGGUCCAUCUUACCUCCAUUUUGUGAUUUACCAAAAGAUUUAAUCACUAGUUUUGACGACUCUUUUGCAGCAAACUUAUCUGAUUUAAUGUACGCUAGGGUUGAAUUAAGAGUUCCAAUUUGUCAUGCUUUAAGACUUUUGGUUGAAUCAAAUAUUGCUUAUAGCGAAGGUGCUGUUGCUGAUGAUCUUCUUAUUCAAGAACAAAUUUCGAUCGAAAGCUCGAAAAAACACCUUGAAUAUUUAUCAACUAAAGCCUCCAACAUGUUAUCUGUUUUAUUCAACGUCUUUUCAUCUACUGUUCCAGAAUCAAGAGGCUUCAUUUUAGAAACCAUCAAUAGUUAUUUGCAAAUCAUCUCUAAAAAUGAUUUGGAAGUCACUUUUAACAAAGUUUGUGGUUUAUUAAAGAACUCUUUAGAUCAGGAAGCAGAAAACCAAGCUAAUAAGAAGGAUGACACUCCUAAAUUAAGUUCUACCAUGAUGGAUCUUAUUGUCGCUAUGGCCAAAUAUGUUCCUGAAUCAUCUUAUAAUGCAUUAUUCUCCAUUUUUUCAUCUACUGUUUCUUUACCAAAUGAUGUUUUAUUACAAAAAAGAUCAUACAGAAUCAUUGCUAAAUUAGCAGAAACUGAAGAAGGAAGAAGAUCCAUUGUUCAAUUUAUUGGUGAAAUUGAAAAUGUUAUUGUUCAAACUGUUGAUAUAACUCAUAACUCCGCUAGACCUUCUAGAUUAACAGCUGUCAACUUGGUAAUGGAUUUAUUACCGGAGUCAGAUUUGCAUUUUAUUCCAUCCAUUUUGCAAGAAAUUAUUAUGUCAACUAAAGAUGUUAAUGAAAGAUCUCGUGAAUUAUCAUACCAAAUUUUAAUUAAGAUGGGUCAUAAGAUGAAUCAAGGUGGCCUCAUAAGAAACAGUAGAGUACCAGGUUUUGGUGAAGAUACUCCAGACUCUCAAGCUACUUUGAUUGAAUACUUCACUAUGGUUAGUGCAGGUUUGGCUGCCCAAUCUCCACAUAUGAUCUCUGCAGCCAUCACUGCCAUUUCUUGUUUGAUUUUCGAAUUCAAGGACAAUUUACCUGUUGAAACUUUAGUUGAAAUAUCUUCUACUGUUGAAUUAUUCUUAACUCAUAACUCACGUGAAAUUGCUAAGUCAGCAAUUGGUUUUGUUAAAGUUGAAGUUCUUUCAUUACCAGAAGAUUUAGUUAGAUCAAAUUUGAAAGAAUUAUUAGGUAAAUUAAUGAGAUGGUCACAUGAACACAAAGGUCAUUUCAAAUCUAAAGUGAAGCAUAUUGUUGAAAGAUUAAUUAGGAAAUUCGGGGUUGAAGAAGUCGAAGAAGCCAUUCCUGAAGAAGAUAGAAAAUUAGUUGCCAAUAUUAAGAAAACUAGAAACAGAGCUAAAAAACAAAAAGAAGCUGAUACCGAAGAAGGUACUGCAACUACCGAUGGUCAAGGUAAAAAAUUCGUUUCUGCAUACGAAGAAGCCUUGUAUGAUUCAGACGUUUCUGAUGAUGAUAUGUCAGAAGAUGAAUCUACUAAUAACAGACAAAAGGGUAAGAAUAAAGCCGUUAACCAAUUUAUCAUGGAGUCUGGUGAUGAACCAUUGAAUUUGCUUGAUCGUCAAACAUUAGCUCAUAUUUCUUCUUCUAAACCAAAGAAAUUCGGUAAACAAGACAUGCCUAAAGAAAAAAUUGCAACCAAAAAUGGUAAAUUGGUAUUCAAGGAUCUUGAUAAUGACAAUGAAGAUCCUUUGGCCAAUAAAGGUUCUGGUAUUGAUGCCUACUUAGAUGCUGUUAAACAAGCUCCAGUUAGAGGUCAAAGAAAUAAAUUGAAAUUCAAAAAAUCCAAGGAUAACGAAGAAGAUUGGUCUGAUUCUGAAGAUGAAAAACCACAACCAAGAAGCUCGAAUAAACCUAAAGUCAAUUCUAAAUCUAGAAUCUCCAAACCAAAACAAAAAUUCAAAGCUAAGAAGAAGCUUUGA